UUUAAGAUGUAGCCAUAACAUUGUAAUAAUGGUGGUAAGAAUGCAUAUAAGAAUAUAUUAUGAAACUUACUUUUUAAUUGUCUUUGGCUGAUGUUCAGAUGUUAGAAGGUAUCGAAAGUCGUUCUUUAGCACACUUCUGGUGUGGUGGCCCUUGUAAAUAAAUUCGUUAAGCCGUGAGAAAAGCAGUGCGUCAAGCGUUAAGAAGGUCAAGAGCGCAACACGCACUUCUGCGAAAACGUGAGCAGUUGAUUCUCCUCGAAAUGUAUUUGUUUGAGGAUAAUCAGAUAAAGCCAGAUUAAGCCCCCCUAAAGAUUUAGACAAUGCAUGUAGAGAAUGCUUAGGUUUAAGCACGUGAAAUCAAAGAGAUGAAGAGGGGCGUCGGGAGGCUGCAGGAUAGAUACUUCACUGCACUCACCGCCCGAGGAGAACACGGCCAAGGAACAUCUCCAUUAAAUGCACUUAAGAGCAGCGCGCCACGCGCGUACAACAGUGAUUAAUUGCAGCCUAAUCCCCUGUUAGAUUAGUAAGGGUUAGAAGGUGCUAAUAAUAGGUUUCCACGUUCUCUAAAUGGGAUUGAUCUGUGAGGUGGCGCUGUGAGACAGACGCCGGCCUCUCUCUCUCUCUCUCUCUCUCUCUCUCUCUCUCUCUCUCUCUCUCUCUCUCUCUCUCUCUCUCUCACUCUGUUAAAUCGAGACAGCGUUGUGCUCUGACCCGUUGCGAUCGACCCUGAGCCGUGAGUGCGCCUCUGACCCGAGUGACCCGCGGGCCGCUCUCAAUGCACCGAUGCUGUUAGGGAUCCUUCAGGCGGGAGGACGCGGCCGGCGGCAGCUGCUCUGCCCCGCAGUCGCGCUACGAGCAAUGAUGAACAAAUCUGCAUACCCUAAGAUAGAUGAAAACAAAGACAACAAAAGCGAAUCUGCAGAGAAGGGUCGUGCAGCUAUUGUCUUCUCCCUGAAGAAUGAGGUCGGUGGGCUUGUCAAAGCACUAAAGCUAUUCCAGGAAAACCACGUCAACCUCGUGCACAUUGAGUCGAGGAAAUCGCGGAGGCGAAACUCGGAGUUUGAGAUCUUGGUGGACUGCGACAGCAACCACGAGCAGCUCAACGAGAUCAUCCAACUGCUGCGCAAACACGUAAACGUGCUGGACACUGAGACGUCAAUCAAGAGCCUCCCAGAAGAAGACGAGAUGGAUAAUGUACCCUGGUUCCCCAAGAAGAUCGCCGAUCUGGAUAAAUGCGCUAAUCGUGUACUGAUGUAUGGAUCAGACCUGGAUGCAGACCACCCGGGCUUUAAAGACAAUGUUUACCGGAAAAGGAGAAAGUAUUUUGCAGAUUUGGCCAUGAGUUACAAGCAUGGAGACCCCAUCCCCCGUAUUGAGUUCACGGAAGAAGAGGUGAAGACGUGGGGUGUUGUGUUCCGAGAGCUAAAUAAACUGUAUCCCACUCAUGCCUGCCGAGAACACCUGAAGAACCUACCUCUGCUCACCAAGUACUGUGGAUAUCGUGAGGACAACAUUCCUCAGCUAGAAGACGUCUCACGCUUCUUAAGAGAGCGUACCGGUUUCAACAUAAGACCUGUGGCAGGAUACCUCUCCCCCAGAGACUUCCUGGCAGGCUUGGCCUUCCGUGUUUUCCACUGCACACAGUAUGUCCGGCACAGCUCGGACCCUCUGUACACACCUGAACCAGACACAUGUCACGAGUUACUGGGUCACGUACCUCUUUUGGCUGAGCCCAGUUUCGCUCAGUUCAGCCAGGAGAUUGGACUUGCUUCACUGGGAGCAUCUGAUGAGGCAGUUCAGAAACUUGCCACUUGUUACUUCUUCACUGUGGAGUUCGGGCUGUGUAAGCAGGAGGGGAAACUGAGAGCAUAUGGAGCAGGUCUGCUGUCCUCCAUCAGUGAACUGAGGCACGCUCUGUCGGGGAAUGCCCGGAUCAUGCCCUUCGACCCCAAAGUUACAUGCAAACAAGAGUGCAUCAUCACAACUUUUCAGGACGUGUACUUCGUGUCAGACAGCUUUGAGGAGGCCAAAGUCAAAAUGAGGGAGUUUGCAAAGACAAUCAAGCGGCCAUUCACAGUGCGUUACAACCCCUACACACAGAGCGUGGACGUCCUAAAGGACACAACUAGCAUCAACAGUGUGGUGGAGGAGCUGAGACAUGAGCUGGACAUUGUGGGAGAUGCGCUGAACAGACUCAACAAACAUCUAGGCGUCUGAAUGACUUACAGUGAUCUUACAAAUCGUCUUAUAUACACUGCUUUUUCCAUCAAAGAGCAAAACCACAGAACUGUUUCCAGUUUCCACCAAAUCCACAAUAGUGCAUCUAAUGACAAUAUCUCACUCAUUGUUCAAAUCCAUUUCAAAUUAUGUUAAUCAUCAUUUCUGUUUUAGUACCAUGGAGCUUUAAAAACUUGCAGUGGUACUAAUUUAAUUAACUUAUUCAUCUAUUGUCUUUUACACAAUACUUGUGGACAUUAUAUUUGCUUUAAAUGUCAUUGUGAUAAAGUAAUACUCUCUGCCAUCAAUAUAUUGUUUUUGUGAUUUCAGCUUUUUUGUGUAGAAGUCAUUAAAAUCAUCUUGGCAUCAUAAGGCACUUUAUCAUAUAAUUUGAUAUUUAUUAUGGGCUUGUACCUUAAAGCUUUAGUAUCACUAGUUUUCUAUCUCUAUCCACAUUAUUAGGGGAAAAGGACAAGCACUUGUAAUGUUUUGUCUCAGUGUGAACCUAAUUCUAUCAUAUUUUUAUGUUUAUAUUUAUUAUUAGCUGUGUCUCAUGUCCUGUAUGCUCUCUUUGUUUUAUCUUCAUAAAAUCAGAGCUUUUAUUCAUUUUUUCAUUUGUCACUGGGUAUGCAAGGGUCAUUUUACACAUCAGACAUCUAAGACUUUGGUCUAAUCAAUAUAGAUGCUCCUAUUCUCAAACAGUUCAUUUACAACAGAUUUACACUAUGAUUUACACUUCAGGUUUCAAAUGGCUAGAUGAAUGUGUUGUAAUGUGUAUAUGUGUAGAAGCUUAUUAUAAUAAAAUAACUUAUUUUUGUACUUUA